AUGGCGCAAGAUGUGGCCAGUGAUGUUCAGAAAGAGGAGUUGCUGGAUUAUGAUGACAAACCAUCGUCUGUCCCGACCGUUGGUGAUGGCAGCGAGGCCGUACGCAAAACCCGGCAGCAGCUUCUGGACCAGCUUCAGACAGCUCUGGACACACUUACAGACCUGGACCAGCUGGAAGAGGCUGUCAAGGCAGUGGAGACAUUGCUAGCAGACCGAGCCGGGCGGCAGCCAGCACUCAUCCGACAGCUGGCCUUCUACUUUUCGGAUGCCAAUCUACGCCGCGAUUGGUUCUUACGCAAAGAGAUCGAGGCCUCCAACGAGGGAUACGUGAAGAUCGCCGUAAUCCUUCCUUUCAAGCGGCUUCGCCUUAUGGGCUGUUCGACGGCUGCCGAAAUUGUGGCGGCCAUCGAGGCUGCAGAUCCCAAGUUCAACUUGGAGUUGUCGGCUCCACGAGACGCUGUGCGGCGCACUGGCGGGGCAGCUCUGCCACCCCCGGCUUUGGGGGGCCCGGGCAGCGAGUUCGAGAGGCGGUGCGUUCAACUCACAGGUUUUAAGCGAGGUGAUGAGACGGUCGGUAUCGAGUCCAUGACAAACUUCUGCAAGUCUUUCGGGCCCGUCUUCUUUGUGAAGCUGCUCCGGGACAGACACCCAGAUGCCGAUGGCCAGAAUCCGUUCAACGGCACUGUUGAGGUGGAGUUUGAGAACGAGGAGGCAGCAGUGGCGGUGAUCGCCAUGGAGCACCAACUGGUUUGGAACGGCGAUGCGAUCCGUGCGCCGGACCCUUGUCACAGCUCGAUAUGCUACCUGCUAGCUGGACGGAGGCCGCCACUGCCAGUCGUUUGCUGGUUCGCGGUCGCACGCAGCUGUUCUGGGGACUGGCGUGCUCUGCAGCGAGAGGCCAAGGCGGUGUACAAGGACGCCUUCGCACCUCAUCAGACGCUGGACAGACUACUGGCUGAAGAAAGAUUCCGGGCGGCCGUGCUGCGGCUAAGCUGGCUUGCUGGUGUUGAUGCUGAAGAGUGGCCAAUGCCAAAGCUGGCGAACUCCGUCUACAUCUGGGCCCAUCUGGGCAAGCCCGCAAACAUGCCAAAACCGAAGAGACGAUCCGAGCACAUGCAGCAACUGGCCCGAGAGUUCGCCAACGGCAUGACCUCGACAGGGAUCCAGGAAGCCAUGCGCCUUGAGCUCAAAGCAGUCGAGGCUGCCAUCCGCGUGCGCUUGGCCUCAGGGGGAAGCCUCGAAGAGGUCACUCAGAUGAACCUGGUCCCUGCGGACACGCCAGGCAAGCUGGAUGGUCGCGCGCUGAUUGCUUGCACGCGGCCGCGCGGGCUGACGGAGGCCACCACCCUGAUGUGGGCCACGCGACAAGGUGUCCGGUGGGUGCAGGCGAUUCUGCGACUAGGUGCAUGUGCCUCGAAGGUGACUCCGAGCGGAUGGUCCGCGCUUCUCUACGGUGCAGCCUUCGAGUCCCGGAAGAUGACAGCCGAUGGGUCGUCAGAUUCAGGUGAUGCAAGCUACGGCGGCUACCGUCACCGCACACGGGGCGUCGUGGGCCCAUUGAUCGAUGCAGGGGCAGAUCCCGACGCUCGCACCUUGCAGCUCCAGGCAUAUCAAAGUGCAUUUUCACCGUCACCGUUGACCUGCCAGUUCGUCUGUGCAUCUGACAUUGCUUGGGCAGAGAGUGCCAUCAACUCUGGCUGGGCGGUUGACCUGCUCAACCGACCUGCGCAGAAGAAGCAGCAGCAAGAGGCGCAAGGCGCGGAAGAGGAGCGUGCUUCCCGGAAGCGCCGCCUCGAGGAGGAAGCCGAUGAAGCGUCUCGAUAUGAAGAGCGGGGCCUGGUUCUGCGUUUUGACGAUGUGCCGGCAUCGAUGUCGUGGAGGGAACUCAAGGAAGGGCUCUCCCCAUAUGGCACCGUCAGAUAUGUGAAGUUCUGUCAGGACGAGGGCAAGAACUUCGCCAUGGUGCAGAUGAGGGAUGAGGAUGGCAUCUUCGCCAUCCUUGGCUGCGCGAAGGAGGAUGAAGGCUUUCUUUGCGUGCAGUGCUGGGCCCAGAUGCUUCUCACCGUGAAGAGCUGCCUGCCCUUGCUACAAGCAUGCCAGCUCUUUUGCCAAGUGGUCAUCUGUCAUCUGCCCGAUGGCGCGGAGAGAUGCACCCCUUUUGAAGUUUCCAAUGCUGCGAUGGAAUAUGGCUGCUCCUACACGGCUGAGUCGAAGGCGGGCUUUUGCUUGUCCGUCUCGGGUGCCAUCAGCCUGUUUGUCUUACCAAGAGGGUCAUCUCCUACCACCGUUGCCGGCCCCGUUUCACUCGGGUGGGCUGGUCAGAGAGCAGGAGGCUGCGGCAGAAGAGCGUUUCAAGGACAGUUUAUUGCCAAGCCGCAAGCCGACAGUAUAAGGAAGCAAAGCUCACAAACCGGUUUCCAACACCAGCAGCAGCGCCACCGAUGGCGGCGGCAGCAGCAACAGCAGCAAGAGCAACACCAACAGCAACAGCAGCAACAGCUGCAGCAGCAACAGCAGCUGCAGCAGCAACAGCAGCUGCAGCAGCAACAGCAGCUGCAGCAGCAACAGCAGCUGCAGCAGCAACAGCAGCUGCAGCAGCAACAGCAGCAACAGCAGCAACAGCAGCAACAACAGCAAGAAGCUGCAAGCCAGGCCAGCUCGAAGAAGACAGCCGUAAAUGGGGUGUCCAGCUUUGCCGCCCUAAUGCAGAAAAAAUGGACACCACCAGAGCCACAACCUGUACCAGAGCCUGAAAGACCGGCAGGACAAGAACGCCGCAGUGGCUCAGGCUUUCCGUCGCAGCACCGAUCACCGAAUGGCUCCGGAGUCCCCUCGCAGGUACAAGCGCGACAGCCGUCGACGCAAGGACCACCGAGGUCACCGGGGUUUCCGUCCCCAGCUCCAGCAGGGUCCGGCUUUCCUUCGUCGAACGGAGCUGUGUCAGGAAUCCCGGCUCAGCAGCCAACUGCGGAGUCACAGACUCCAUCUGGAUUUCCAUCACCUUCCAAGCCACAUCCCCCGUCCCAGCAAGCCAAGACACCAUCCGGCUUUCCAUCCCCGACGCGUGUUCCAACGGAGCCAGCGAAGAGCCCUCCCCAACCUUCCCCGAUCCCCGCGCCACCCAAGCAGGCCACAAGAAGUGUGUCGGGAAAGGGUGCAUCUUCGCAGCAGCCAGAAAAGAAGGCCGCCAGCAAGAAGCCCGAUCCUCCGGUCAACGGAGCAACGAAACCAGGCAAUUCGAGUUUUUAUGCCAUGCUUGGCGUGGCAGAAGGUGCACCCUUAUCGGAGAUUAGAGCUGCCUACCGUCAGCAGGCGCGCCUGUCACAUCCGGACUUGUUCCGCACGGCAUCGGCUGAGGAGCAGGAGGCUGUUGCAGAACGCUUUUCGCAGGUCAACAAGGCCUUCGACGUUCUGAGUGAUCCGGCAAAGCGACAGGCUUAUGACCUGCGAGGCCUGGCUGGACUCGCGGAGUUUGAGUUCGACGGCGAGCGCAUCAUCAUGCCGCCUCCGUGGAGAAUCAGAAUAGGGCACACAGGGCACCACUUCUGGAAGCGGAAGGAGUACUUCGUGGGCCUCAUGAUGGAAACGAUCGACAUCCCAGUCCCGCUGAUCGUGAGGGCUUAUGACGAGGCCACGAAAGAUCCGCCGGGAGUUGGACAGGCCAUCCUGGUGGACAAGUGCACCGAAGCGCGAGCGAUCGACAUCACUGAGGAGCUCCAGGAGUAUGGGAUCAUGUGCUUGGCGGAGGAGGUCCCUGACGAAGAGCUUAUGGACCCCAGCAUGCACUGA